CGCUGUGUAUUGUUCCCAAAACGACAAGUGGCAAUUCUUUCGUACAGAGGGCUCGCCAUCGUCGUCGUUGUUUCCUUCGCAAUGAUCAUGGAGCAACUCAUCCCCAUCGCAUCCAAGCUACAGGACGUCUUGGGAGCGCUUGGGCAGAGCGCGUCCCUGGAUCUUCCGCAAAUUGUCGUCGUUGGGGGUCAAUCCAGCGGCAAGAGCAGCGUUUUGGAGUCUCUCGUCGGUCGAUCCUUCUUGCCCCGCGGUACGGGGAUUGUCACCCGUCGUCCCCUCGUUCUGCAGCUGUACAACACACGCCAAGACACUCUGGAGGACGGCGAUGAGGAUGAAGAACCCGACGAAGUCGUGGACGAUCGCGAAUGGGGAGAGUUCCUCCACGUUCCAGGCAAAAAGUAUUUCGAUUUUGCCGCCAUUCGAGAAGAAAUCGUCGCGGAAACGGAUCGCUUGACAGGAAAGAACAAGGGAAUUGACAGUGAGCCCAUUCAUCUAAAGGUAUUUUCGCCACGAGUCCUCGCUUUGACGUUAGUCGACUUGCCGGGAAUUGCCAAAGUUCCCGUUGGAGAUCAGCCAGACGAUAUUGAAGCGCAGAUUCACGACAUGUGCUUGUCCUUCAUCAGCAACCCGAAUGCAAUUGUACUCGCGGUUACGUCGGCCAAUACGGAUCUGGCGAACAGUGACGCCCUCAAGUUGGCUCAGUCCGUAGAUCCGGGUGGUCACCGUACGGUAGGGGUGCUCACCAAAUUGGAUCUCAUGGACGAGGGUACCGACUGCGUCGAUAUCCUAACCAACCAGGUCAUCCCACUCAGCAAGGGUUAUAUAGCUGUCGUUAAUCGUGGACAAAAAGACGUCAUGUCGGAUCUAAGUAUUCGAGAUGGACUCACCAAGGAAGAGGUUUUCUUUCGCAACCAUCCCGUUUAUUCCAAGGAUCGCAACAUUCUUGCCAAGUGUGGAACCAAGCAUCUUGCCAAGGGGCUCAAUACCAUUUUGAUGCACAAUAUUCGGGAUUGCCUUCCGGAUUUGAAAUCGCGAAUUACACACAUGAUGAACGAAGUGCAACAAGAGCUGGAAUCGCUUGGUAGUCCUAUCCAAAAUGCCUCGCGGUCGGCUCGCGGAUCGGUUUUGCUCAAGAUGCUCUCAAAAUUUGCCAACAAUUUUGCCAACGUCCUAGACGGAAAAGGACCUCAAGAGUCUACCCUUAGCAGUCGUCUCGGCGGCAGCAUACACCAGCACCACGGCUACGCCCACAUGCACGAACUCAUGGGUGGAGCCCGUAUCUCCUUUGUUUUCACUGAAGUCUUUGCCAAUUCACUAAUUGCCGUCGGCGCCUUUGAUGGGCUUUCCGAUGACGAAAUACGCACCACCAUUUGCAACGCCAAUGGUACCCGCCCGGCGUUGUUUGUUCCAGAAAUUUCCUUCGAUAUCCUCGUACGUCGCCAAGUCGCUCGACUCGAACAACCAGGAGUGCAAUGUGUGGACAUGGUCUACGAAGAGCUUCAGCGGAUUGCGGCACAGUCGGAGCCCUCUGAAAUGACUCGCUUUCCGUUAUUGCGUGACCGAAUGGUGGAAGUGGUCAUGAAUUUGCUAAAACGGUGCGUCGGUCCCACACAAAUGAUGGUAUCGAAUCUCGUCAAAAUCGAGUUGGCCUACAUCAACACAUCCCAUCCAGACUUUAUUGGUGGAUCCCGAGCAGUAGCGCGUCUUAUGGAAAAGAUUGGUAAAGAAAACGAUCGGGCACACGCCAUCGACCACGAAACAAUGUUGCAUUCACCAUCAGGCAACACAUACGACCGCCGACCCAGUCACGCCGGGCCCGGUGCAGGCCCCAACCAUACGACCGCGGGUAGCAACUCGGGAAUAAUGAACUUACUCUUUCGCGGAGGAACGGGUGCCAAGCCUCCCCGGCCGGCCUCGUCCAGCGCUAGCGUACCGGGAGGUCCGCCCAGUAUCGUGCAUCUUCCUCAAGUGCAGGACUCGAUGAAGCCAACCGAUCUGCCUCCGACCGAGCGUGAACGUGUCGAAAUGGAGGUCAUCAAGAGUCUGAUCGAAUCAUACUUUUCGAUUGUCCGGAAAAAUUAUAUUGACUUGGUGCCCAAAACUGUCAUGUACUUUUUGGUCAACCAUGUUCGCGACUCUUUACAGAACGAGCUCGUUUCGGAGCUGUACCGCGACGCCGAAGUCGGCACGCUGAUGCAGGAGGCUGAAGAUAUUGCUUCCCGUCGCCAAACCUGUAUCGAAAUGAAGGACUUGCUCCAAAAGGCGUUGGAGAUUGUGAAUGAAGUUCGCGACUUCAAUGCAUUCAAGUAG